CCAGAUUCACUCAAGAUGGCAGCCCGGCGCGAUCUGAGGUGGUCGCGACUGUUACUGUGGAGAUUGUGGCAGCCCCGGGGGGUUCCACAAAACCCGAGAUCGGGCCUGGGCCCAGAAGUGAGGACUUACACCCGGAGCGAUGGCCCGUACUCGCGCACGGCGCUCUAUGAUCUGCUCGGCGUUUCCCCCACGGCCACGCAGGCACAAAUCAAGGCGGCUUACUACCGACAGAGCUUCCUCUACCACCCGGACCGCAACUCGGGGAGCGCUGAGGCUGCCGAGCGCUUCACGCGCAUCUCCCAGGCUUACGUGGUGCUGGGCAGUACCACCUUGCGUCGCAAGUAUGACCGCGGCCUGCUGAGCGACGAGGACCUGCGCGGUCCGGGCGUCCGGCCUUCCAAGACGCCCGCCGCAGACCCCGAGAAGCCCCGUACUCCUCCGCCCGGCCCUCGGGCCCACGGCCGCGGUCCGGCCUCGCCGGGAGCCAAGCGCACCAUGUUCGACUUUGACGCCUUCUACCAGGCGCACUACGGUGAGCAGCUGGAGCGCGAACGGCGCCUGAGGGCGCGCCGGGAGGCCUUCCGCAAGAUGCAGGAGGACCGGGCCAAGAAGGGCUUACGCUGGGACGAGACCCGAGACUUGGCUUUCGUUCUCGUUCUGCUCACCGUUUUCCUCAUCGUGAGCUCUCGUAUUUAAUCGCAGAGUGGAGGGCAGGGGAGCAGCCCCCAGCCAACACCCUCCCGCCCCCCUCCCCCAGGACAAUGGCCUUGCGUGUCAUCUUGAACCCCUUGCCUCACAUUGUCUACCUCUGCUGGGGCCCGAAGGAACUGCUCUCCCCCUUCUGUUCCACACCUGGCCAGCUUAGCCAUUGACCUGCGCGUCCCUAUCCCCACCCUGCUCCAGAAAAGGAGGCUUUUUGAUGCUCGAGAAAACAUGCCCCUCAUGAAGAGUCUUGAAAGCCCGAGAGUGAGGGGUUUUCUGGAGGCCCUGGGGUGCCUGCUUCCAGAUGUUGUUAACUUCCGGAACAUUUGCUCUGGCUUUCUUGUAAAGCUGCGGGCGAGACUCGUCUGCCCCUGCCCCUUGUGUGUAGCGUGGGGCUCCUGUGUAACCUUGAAACGUGCAAUGUGACCAGUUGUGACUGCCAAAACAAACAAAUCUGGGGUCUUAGGAAACUUGCAUUUCUGUGAGUUCCCCAAGCCACAGGUGAGACCCGAUGUAGGGUAAAGAUGUGAUCCGUGGGAACUUGGCCAUUUUGAGUAGUCAGAUCCUACUCCGCCUUCUGUUGGUGGCCUCUGGGAGAGGGAAAGAAAGCAAGGUCAUGAGCCUUCCUGUGCCCAUACUUAUCAAAUAUAUAUGAUCUUGCAGAAAUUCAUCUGUGGGCAUGAUGGCAGGGGAGCAAAUUGUUUGCUCUUUCGAGAUCUGUCAUACUUGAUUAUCCAUGUUCUAGUAGGGUCAGUGAUUAAAAUACUGAUGUCGGUAGAGCCAGAUUUAUCCUUGGGACAGUGUGCCUGGCACCUGGUCAUCCCUUGACCAGCCAGCCUCAUUGCUAACUGUGCAGCUCCUCCCUUCCUAGAAGGAGAGCAACAAAAGCGGAGGUAAGAGUCGCCUGAGAGUGGCCCAGCCUCCCAUUCUGCUGGUAAUGCUUAUCGCAGGCCCCACAAGCCAAGUCCUUGAAACAUGGCUACUUGAGGCUGCGGGAACUGGGGGAGUUUGAGUAAACAAGAUUAUUGAGGGAGAGGAGGGACAUGUAGAAAUGCACUUCCUUAUUCAGAGCUGACUGACCGAAGCCUUUUUUUCUUUUUCUUUUUGGCUGCACAGCUCAGGCAUGCAGGAUCUUAGCUCCCCAACCAGGGAUCGAACCUAUGCCCCCGUCCCCCUCCCCUCUUUUUUUUCCCCUCCUCUGUUCCUAACUGGUGCUAAAUAGUGGGUGAUCACUUGCUAGAGCUGUUGUAAUCCAGCCCUCUUAACCCUGAAUCUCUGCACACAGGGUGUGGAUUAGCUGUGAAAUGGUAGGAACUCAAGUGUGUAUGCACUGUUGAGGGGAAAGCCAUAGGAUAGGAAAAUCUGUGCAGGAGACCUACUACAAGAGUCAGGACCUAAGUCUAGCUUCCAAACAAGGCCAGAGGUGCUUUGCUAUAUUAACACUAAUUCCUCCACACAGUCUUUGUGUGCAAUUCUUGUAUGAGUUGGGGAUAAACCCAUAGCUGGUUCAACUUGGUCUUUUCUCUAGCUUUGGAGUUUGGGGACAAGUUCUUUGGCAUGGCUUUGCAGUGCCCCAUGUGAUUCAGUGGUAAGGCUUUAUGCUGUCUCUGGUUCAGACCUGCUGGGCUCAGCAAGCCUUGGUUUGAAGGGAGGGGCAUGUGUACUUUUUAAAAGAACAUUUAAUGUUAUUAUGUUUCAUAUUUGGAAAACAAGGUGGGGAAAGUCUGUUCUUUUCAAAGCACAAACAACAGGAAGUGAAGCUUAGUGAAAGGUACAGAGACUGGCAAUUCUCAACCAGAGUUGGGACAGAACAGUCUGUGAGGCAAGAUUUCAUCCAAAUUUGCAUCAAAUGGGGUUGGGGUUCUUUGGGGUUUUGUUUGUAAGUGCAUUAAUGGUCUGUGAUGUCCAGGGCCUUUCUCAUUGACUCUGACAUAUACCUCUCAAGUUUGUUUUCUGUGGAUGAAGAUCACAGACGAAAAUAUUCCCUAGGCGCCCCAGAACAUGGAGAUGGCUAGAAAAUUCCAGAAGGUUUGGGGUGAUGGGUCCAGACUCUGUGAAACCUCUGGAACAUUCCAUGCAACUCCAAACAGGGCAGUCAAUAAAAUUUAUUAACCAUCCAA